GGCCUAUUCACGACUCCGGAAAAGGAACACAACAAUCACAGCUUAUCUCUCACUGUUUAGUUGGAGCAGAUACCACGUAUUAAAAUUUGAUUUUUAACUUUUCAUGGUGUGAAAAAAUAACCUAAGAAUGGAGCUUCAGUCAAAUCACACUUAUAAUAUAACCGAUGACGGGUCGAGGGAUUACGACAGGCCAAUUGUUUUAUUGGUCUUGGAACUUACUAGUCUUUUUAUCAUCAUGAUCAGUGCCUUCGUAGCCAACAUUACCGCUAUCGCCAUCAUCUUAAGUGUGAAGACUCUGAGACAAACACCCCACAACCUACUCAUCCUAACCUUAGCUGUUGGUGAUCUAGGCGUGGUCUUCACUAGUAUGCCAUUCUCCGUCAUAUCUUCUUUAGAUGGUGGACAUUUUCUACAGACUCAUCAUGGUGUUUGCACGUUUAAUGGUUUCUGUGUGAUCAUGUUCUCAAUCUUCAACUUCACAACCAUAGUCGCCAUUGCAGUAGACCGUGUCUUCAUCGUCACUUCGGCAAAGGUACUUCAGAAUGGUCGUCUCAGGGUUGGUAUCAUGAUCGUCUUCAUCUGGUCAUUCUCAAUCGCUGUUGGUCUGUUACCCGUUACGGGGUUGGUCUCGACGAUGAUAUACGUCCAUUAUACUCGUCACUGCACGUAUAAGGAUGACGAGGAGGACGACGAGCGAUUUCGCAUCGCUAUGCGGACCAUCAUCAGCGGUUUCGUGCUGCCGGCAUUGACGGUCUGCUACUCGAUCAUCGCGUAUUUCCUCUGGAAGCAGAAGCAGAAGUUGAGGGCACUUCAGGGGCUUGGAGGUAAUCAUUGUAAACUGAUGGGGAAGGUAAAGGUUACAGACAGGUCAAAGACUUCAUCUUCUACGGCAAUCACCACCGAUGCAUCCUGUCCGUCUACGACUGAUGGCUCGAUUGCAGAUGAGGCUACAACUCAGACAGAUUCGGCUACCAUCCCUCAAGAAAAGCGUGAUAAGAUUGUCGCACGAGCAUUACCAAGAAGCAGCACUUCUGUUGAUCAAGAGGUUGAACCCAGCAAUGAGGAAGGGGAACAGUCUCCAUCUUCAGUCGUCAGCGAACUUACGAUGGAAGAGAGAAGCAGAGACAACAAGGUUGAUACUGCUUCCAUUGUCAAAAGAGAAAAGAAAAACUUCGAGGUGCAGAAACGAGUGGCUCUUAUAGGAUUCCUUUUGGUGCUGUCUCAGAUCUUUUGUUGGGGACCUUUCUUUCUUGUUCGCGCCAUGUCAGCAGAUGUCUCUGAAAGUGUAGGUGUGUUUACAAUGUGGUCGGCUUACUGUGUCAAUGUUAUUAACCCACUCAUCUAUGCAUUCAUGAACAGGCGAGCUAGGAAAGAACUAUUCACCUACUUCAAUAUCAUCAAGAAGAAACUUCAGUGUAGAUUGGAUCGCUAAGAAGACUCUCAAACAUAAUGAGCAGAGUAUGAAACUGUAAUAUAUUGUAUUGUAUUUUUGUCUAUAGGCGUAUCCAGCCACAAGCCUCAGCUUUUAGGGUAUACGCCUUCUUCUUUUACCCUAAAAGGACUGGGCUAUUUGAGAUGUAUUGAGGACUGGGAGGGGCAUGAUGCCCCCCUUCUGGGGAGCGUUUCAUGAAAGGACUUGUCGGACGUUUUAUCCGACAAGUCCCAUUUUAUCCGACAGUUACCAUAGUAACAGUACCUCUCAACCAAUCAACAUCAGAGAAAGAUGUCAGAUCUGACAACUUGUCGGAUGAAAAUGUUGAUGAAACACUCCCCUGAUCUCGGCCGCUGUUCGCGCGAUCACGCCGAAAUUUGGCGCGCACAUUCUUUUCCACAUAACCUACAAGCUAGUAUAUAAAAAUUCUGAAAUGAUUAUUUUUUUAUGAUAAUGAAUAAAAUAUGCAAACUUAUUCAUGAAAAAUGUUAUUUGAUUGAUUUAUUGAUUGCAUUUAUUCUUUUUCAUUCCAAAAGUUACAAUGUAAGGAAAAACACAAAAAAUAUAAUAUACAGAAAUGAAAAGAGGAACCCACUGGAAAGCAAAGCUUGUUAGUAUGGGUUCCCUGCAAUAAAAUAGUUUAUUAAAGUAUAUCUUUGAUCAAUGACAUUCAAAUCUUAAAUUAAAAAGGUUUGUACAAUGAAAAAGAUUUGCAUAUUCAACGCCCUAUUUCACUUCGAAUUUUCUUCUUUCUUUGCAGAUGUCAUCUUCGUAAUCUCAUUUAAAGGUUUCUACAAAGAAAAAUUGCGAAAGCCAAUUUUUUCCUUAUGUAUUUCUUUGUUUUUUUCAUCUUUUGUUUUUCAUUGUUUUUUUUCAAUGGAAAUUAUUACAGACCAUUUAAAAACUAAAUUAAACUCGAACUCAAUUAAGCAGACCAAUUAGAACGAAAAAUAAUCACACUUUUAUGAAUUUCAUCUCCCAUAGACUUUGUACACAAAGUAUAAAAAUUGGCCAUUUUCGGCAUGACAUUGCCUCGUAAAAAAAGUCAUAUGACGUCGUAAUGGUAUAUAUCGCGCGAAGCGUCGAGAGGGGGGGGGGGGGGCAUCAUGGCCACCCAGUCCUUUUAGGGUUAAACCCAAAAUGUACGUAUUCAUAUUCUUCAUAAUAAAUUGUUUUUUGUAUGAAUUAAUGUUUACGAAAAUUGUUAUG